AAGCAGUGCUGACAUUUCCUUUGUAAUAUAGUGCCAACUUCCUUUGCGUUCGCGCCAACGCAGACGCAAUAGCCUAGACCACUGUGCUUCCAAGCUCUAUUUGAGGCGUUCCCUUAGAGAAUAUCCUUUAAAUAUAAACGCAAAGAUGAGCCACAAGCCUGACGAUGACUAUGACUACCUGUUCAAGGUGGUGCUAAUUGGUGACUCGGGAGUUGGUAAAUCGAACCUGCUGUCUCGGUUUACGCGAAAUGAGUUCAGCCUCGAGUCGAAGUCUACCAUUGGCGUGGAGUUCGCAACGCGCAGCAUCCAGGUGGACGGCAAGACCAUCAAGGCGCAAAUUUGGGAUACAGCGGGCCAGGAGCGGUACCGCGCCAUUACGAGUGCCUACUACCGUGGAGCCGUCGGAGCGCUGCUUGUUUACGAUAUUACCAAGUCGGUGACGUUUGAGAAUGUGGAGCGGUGGCUGAAGGAGCUGCGUGACCACGCUGACUCCAACAUCGUGAUCAUGCUGGUGGGCAACAAGAGCGAUUUGAAGCACCUGCGGGACGUGCAGACGGAGGUGGCGCAGGGCUUCUGCGAGCGGGAGGGGCUGUCGUUCAUCGAGACGUCCGCUCUGGAGUCCACCAAUGUGGAGAAGGCUUUCCAGGAGAUCCUCACGCAAAUCUACCACAUUGUUAGCAAGAAGGUGCUAGACAGCGAAGACAACCGGCCCAAGAUUGGCGAGGGCCGGGACCUGAUUGUCAUUGACAAGCAGAUGGAGGACGGAGGAAAGAAGAAGGGCGGGUGCUGCAGCUAAGCGGCUGACAGCCAGGGCAGAGCUGACAUGUGAUGUGUGCUUGUGCGGCAUGCGUCACGGACUUGGCUAGCUCGGCGGUUGCAGCAGCGGCGGCAGCAGGCGCAGCAGCAGCAACAACGGUGGUGGGCCUUGCUUUCAUGGUCGCCGGGUUGUUGCGGACGGACGAAUGAGUAAUGCAGCAGCGCGGGGCCAUCCGUCAUCCGUCAUAAUGGAUGUUCGUCAUUAGUCAUCAUCAAUCAUGUUGGGGAGAGGAGUACAGAGUGUGGUGUGGGGGACGUGGGCGGGCUAUUCGUGUGACGGAGGCUAGAGGGCCCUGUGUUGGGGCGGUGAGAUGCCUAGCUGGGUGCAGGGUCAGGCGGCGUGGGGCUGGCGUGGGAAAGGCUUGGAGCGGCAAUUGCCGUGAACAAGGGAAUGGAUGGGUGGCGGGGUGGCAACGAUGCUCGAAGGGUAGGUUAGGCACUGAAGACUUGCUGUACGCGUACAGACACGCUCAAGCACAAGGGGGUGAAGAAGGCGGCCGCAUGAUUUGCCGGCCUUAGUGGGUAGAGGACUAAGUACAGACAUCUCCAACACUGUUUAAUAAUUACAGGUAGAACGUUGCAUAUUAACCACGCCAACCCGCCUACCCCGGCCGACGGCCCUGUAACGCUCGCUAGGAUGAGACAGAGGAAGUCCCAUGGGGGCCAGCGUUUGCCGCUUUGCGCUCGGAUGUUGUAUUCAUGUCGUAUUGCACUGCACCCACCAGCCAUCCAACGCAGCAUUGCCCCACCGCGUCUCUGCUGCUAGGCCCAGAGUGCAUGCUCAUGCGUUUGCGGGGGUGCAGGACUAAGCGAAAUAUAAAAAGAACCUUGCCGGCCCAAGGACACUCCAUACC